AUGCCAUCAAAUAAUAUAGAGACACAGAACGGUGACGUUCCCAUUAUCGACUUAACGGCAAACGAACACGAUGACCAAAGACCAUUAUUAAGUGAUGAUAAUGUUCAACAAGCUGGCUCCAAUUUAUCAACACCUAAUGUUGAUACUAUUCGUGUUCCAUCGAUUACUCGCUAUCGUCUGACAAAUGUUCUUCGCAGCGUUCUUUUGAUUGAGUUUCUAACAUUACUCAUUAUUUGGUUCAUAGGUAGUAUGACACAUACGCUUAUUGACGAUAUAGUUCAUUAUCAAUUUACAACAUCUAUAUUUGAUAUCGUUUGUGUAUCACUAUGCAAAAUGAUUUUAUUAGUUAUUCUUCUAACAGAAUUAGAAACAUUUUCUAUUGCUCGUCUAUAUCAAGCAGAUUCAAAUCAAGCAUUUAUUUUAAUUCGUUAUUUAUGUAAAAUUUUACUUAUUCUCAUAGCGAUGAGUUCAUUAGCAUUUGCGAUAGUUAAACUGGUAUUCGUUUUACGGAAAUCAAAUUUAGAGAAACUCUAUUUAUCAACAGUUUAUUUAUUUGUUGUAUUUUCAUCAAUAGAAUUUAUCGGCGUCAUAUUGAUGAUACCAUAUUUAAAACUAGUCAAAUUACUUGAACAACAAAAAUCAAGUGUACCAAAAAAAAAAGUUGAUUUAAUACGUUUAUUUUCAUUAGCAAAGUCCGAACGGUUAUUAAUGAGUGUUGCCAUUAUUUUUUUAUUAAUAUCAACUGUAACACAAAUUGUUCAGCCAUACUUUUUUGGAAAAAUCAUUGAUGGCGCAAUAACAUCUGAUGGAAUGAGUGUAGUUAAUAGAAAUGUUAUCCUUUUAUUUAUUAUUAAUUGUGUAGGAGCAGUAGCAUCCGCUAUUCGUUCAUGGCUAUUUGAAUUAUCUGGACAGAGACUCGUCUAUCGUCUGCGUCAAAGUAUAUUAGAUUCCAUUGUAAAACAAGAGGUUGGCUUUUUUGAUGAGACACGUACCGGCGAAUUAACAAAUCGUUUAUCAAGUGACACACAAGUAUUACAAAAUGCUGUUACCGUUAACAUAUCGAUGUUAGUACGUUUUCUCUUACAAAUAAUUGGUAGUCUUGUGGUGAUGUUUUAUUUGGAAGUAACAUUGACACUUGUUCUAAUGGUUGUUGUACCAUUUAUUAUUCUUAUUGCAAAACUAUACGGAUCUAUUGUGCAAAAAUUACGAAAACAAUUUCAAGAUGAAUUAGCUGCGGCUGGAACAACAGCUGAAGAAUCAAUAUCAAAUAUUCGAACUGUCCGUAUUUUUGGUGCAGAAAACAGAAUCAGCAAUCGUUACUUGGAUAAUUUACUAAAAUCGUAUGGAGUUGGUAAAAAAUUAGCAUGGAAUUCUGGAGCAUUUAUGGGCCUUGUCAGUUUUUUAAUAGCUGGAGGUAUUGCCAUUGUAUUGUGGAAAUUAACUGCUGGUCUUUUCACUUCAUUUUUAAUGUACAUGUUACAAGUUGCAUUGGCAUUUGCUUUUCUCGCUUCAUUAUUUACUGAUUUCAUGCAAGCCGUUGGAGCUAGUGAACGUAUAUUUGAUUUACUUGAUCGUCAACCGAAAAUUCCCGCAACACCAAAUUCACAGAGUUGUAUAAAGCCAAUGGAUUUCGAUGGACAUGUUCGACUUGAAAAUGUUUGUUUUACGUAUCCAACACGGUCAGAUCAACGAGUGCUUCAUGAUAUUACAUUUGAAAUAAAAUCGGGACAAAAAAUUGCAUUAGUUGGGCCAUCCGGUGGUGGUAAAAGUACGAUUGCUUCUCUUCUUGAACGAUUCUAUGAUCCAGAUUCUGGAACAAUUUAUUUUGGAUCAAAUCCAUUAAAAUCUAUUGAUCCUAAAUGGUUACGUGAAAAUGUGUCAUUUGUUAAUCAGGAACCAUCAUUAUUUGCUUGUUCAAUACGUGAUAAUAUUACAUUUGGUCUUGAUAGAACUGAUAUCACAUUAGAUGAGAUUCAAGAAGCUGCUAAACAAGCAAAUGCUCAUGAUUUUAUUGAGAAAUUUGAAAAUAAAUAUGAUACAUUAGUUGGCGAACGUGGUGUUCGUCUAUCAGGUGGACAACGUCAACGAAUAGCAAUUGCACGAGCUCUAUUAAUGAGUCCAAAAUUAUUGCUACUCGAUGAAGCAACAAGUGCAUUGGACGCUGAAAGCGAACAUUUAGUACAGGAAGCUAUUGAACGAGCCAUGAUUGAUCGUACAGUUUUAGUUAUUGCACACCGUUUAUCAACUGUCCGCAAUUCCAAUUCAGUUAUUGUUAUUGACCAUGGUACAAUUGUUGAACAAGGAACUCACGAUUUUCUUAUCUCAAAAAAUGAUGGCAUUUAUAAAAAGUUGGUUCUUCGCCAACUUAUGGCAGGAAACAAUUCUAUAACUACCGAUGAAUAA